AUAGAAUAGCGCCUCAUACAGUCGAAAUUCUUGGAAAUACCUUCACCUUUCUGAACUACUGAAUUGAAUAUUUGCCCUUAAGUAAAACUCAAAAACUCCAACUUCCGUCUUCUUAAAGAUUCGUAGCCUUGAUUUGGAAGUCCAUCGCGACGGGAAACGGAACGCCUCAGAAGGUUCUGAAACGAAACAUAUCAGACAUUACAAGAAUAGAGUCGAGUCCGAGCAUCAUGUCUCAGCAACCUGUCUCGCCACAUCCUCUUUCGGCUCCUUCGGGCAACAUGUUCACCCUGUUCCCAAAUCUCCCGCCGGAGCUUCGGGCUCCUAUUUGGAAGCAUGCCCUGACAAGGAGAAUCGUCAAAUGGACACGGAACAACAACCAGAAUAUCUUCACAGCUCCAAUGAAAUCCAUCACGAUCUUUAACGUCUGUAAGGAAUCACGUGAGAUGGCGAUGCUGUAUGGAGAAUAUAUCGAUAUUUCCACCUCAGACGAGCCUGUCUUCUUCAGUCCACUAGAGGACUACCUACUUUUUGAGCCAAUAUGGGCAGAUCUCAUUCCCAAGCCAGGUGCCAAGGUCGCCCCAGACCCUCUGGAUUUCCUGCCUCCAAGUCUCCUAUCUCUACGCUACAUCAUGGUUCAUCCCCAUUACACCGACGAACGAAAACGACCCACCGCACUCUUUGAGAAACUCCCCAACCUGGAACAGGUUCUCGUAGCAGCAGACGAGAAAUCCAUUGGCUUCCAAAGCAAAUUCAUCCUCGGCUCGGCAUACGACCUCAAACUGUACUACGCAGCUGAUGUCCGGAAGCGCCUUCCAGAUUUCAAGGUUCCGUACAUAGCUGUUGGCUGUCUAGGAUGGACCGGAACGGAAAGGCGCAAGAUGAAUCAUGGGGCUCAGGAUACUAGGGAGCUGGUUAGGGUAUGCGAAAACGAAGCGCAAAUGAAGGAGCAUUUGAGGGACGUUCGAGAGGAGGAGUGGAAGUUUACGCAGGAGAUGCAAAAGGGGAGGGCCGGUUUGAAGAUGAAGCUGAAUUUUAAGGUUAAGGGUGGAGCUGGGAUGGAUUUUGGAAAGGAACGGGGAGAUGGGGAGAAAGGGUCUGGUGGUUCUAAGACGAAAGCUGGUCCACCAGGUUACUCGAGAGGAUCGGAAAAUGCGCCGGAGAAUCCACCACCAUAUGCGGAGAUUUAA